AUGUCUACGUCCAGAUAUGUUACUUUCCAGAGCUGUCGAAACUUCAGGAUGCUGAUAGUUUUGGCAACGCUUUCUGGACAUCCCAUUAGAAUUGAAAAAAUCAGGUCAGAAGAUCUGAACCCAGGUCUGCGAGACCAUGAGGUCUCGUUUUUACGUCUGAUAGAGGCUCUGACUAACGGCAGCUCGAUCGAAAUCUCAUAUACCGGUACAACGGUCAAUUACAGACCGGGCAUCAUAACAGGCGGCUCUUACACGCAUCAGUGUCCGCCUGGGAAACCAGUGGGAUACUACGUCGAGCCAAUGCUAUAUCUAGCACCUUUCUCCAAGAAGAAGUUCUCAGUGAUCUUUAGAGGUGUGACAGCCUCACAUCAGGAUGCAGGUCUGGAAGCCAUCAAAUGGGGUCUCAUGCCAGUUAUGGAGAAAUUCGGCGUUCGUGAGUGCGCUUUGCACACUUUGAAGCGUGGAUCUCCACCUUUGGGAGGCGGUGAAGUACAUCUGGUUGUCGAUUCCCUAAUCUCACAGCCCAUAACCAUGCAUGCUCUAGAAACACCUCAAAUAUCAUCCAUCAGAGGUGUUGCAUACUCUACCAGAGUCAGUCCCUCAAUGGUUAAUCGGAUGAUUGACGGCGCUAGAAAAGUGCUGAAAGGCGUGGGAUGUGAAGUCGAUAUAACUGCUGACGCUUGGAGAGGAGAAAACUCCGGUAAAAGUCCCGGAUGGGGUAUAACGCUAGUGGCAGAAAGUAAGAAGGGCUGGAAAUAUUUUUCUGAAGGUAUUGGCGAUGCCGGCGAAGUCCCCGAGGAUCUUGGCUCUCAGAUCGCCUACGAGCUCUUGGAGGAAAUCUCAGCGAGCGCCGUUGUUGGACGAAACCAACUGGCGCUUGCAAUCGUCUACAUGGUAAUUGGUAAAGAAGAUAUUGGUCGACUCAGGAUCACCAAAUCACAAGUAGAUGAAAAAUUCAUUUGGUUAUUGAGACAUAUCAAACAAAUCUUCGGAACAGAAGUGUUCUUGAGGCCAGUAAACGAGGCCGAUAGCGACGACCUCAUAGCGACAAUCAAAGGCGUGGGAUUCAUCAACUCUAACAAAAAAAUAGCAUGA